GGCAGUGUGCGGUGUGCUCAUGUGGUGUUUAUAAGAAUGCGAGACGGCCGUCGUCACUUCUGUCUCAGACUCCUGAGGAAGACUUCGCGACUGUUUUUGUGGUUGUGCCCAUAAAACUAUCGUUCUGCUUUCGUCCAGCGAUGGCUGAAAACGUCCUCGCCGCAGCUAAGGAAGCUGUCCUCAAGACCAGCUGUGAAGUUCCGGAGAACCUGCUGACAAUCAAGGGCUAUGACUUUAACCAAGGUGUGGAUCUGCAUGAGAUUCUGAAGUCGUACCUCACCACGGGUUUCCAGUCCAGCAGCUUAGCCAUGGCCAUUCAGCAGAUCAACCAAAUGAUUGAGAAGCGACUGGAGCCGGUCGAGAACGAUGAGGAGAAUCAAGCAGAAGGGGGAAAGAAAAAUGGCUGCACCAUCUUCCUGGGGUUCACCUCCAAUCUCAUCAGUUCUGGAGUCAGGGAGACCAUUCGCUACUUGGUAGAGCAUAAAAUGGUGGAUGUGAUUGUGACCACAGCUGGAGGAAUAGAGGAAGACUUCAUCAAGUGUCUGGCUCCUACUUUCUUGGGAGACUUCAAUAUAUCUGGCAAAGACUUGCGUCAGAAGGGCAUCAACAGGAUAGGGAAUCUGCUGGUUCCCAAUGACAACUACUGUAAGUUUGAGGACUGGAUGAUGCCCAUCCUGGAUCAGAUGCUGUUGGAGCAGCAAACAGAGGGAACUCUCUGGACUCCAUCGAAAAUGAUCCAUCGCCUAGGGAAGGAGAUAAACAACCCCGAGUCUGUCUACCACUGGGCCUACAAGAACAACAUUCCAGUGUUUAGUCCGGCUCUGACUGACGGCUCGCUGGGCGACAUGAUUUUCUUCCACUCUGUGCGAAACCCCGGUCUGGUCCUGGACAUCGUGGAAGAUAUUCGUGGGAUUAACAGAAAGGCGCUGUAUGCCAAAAGGACUGGAGCCAUCAUCCUGGGUGGCGGCCUGGUCAAACACCACAUCAACAACGCCAACCUGAUGAGGAAUGGCUCAGACUAUGCUGUGUACGUGAACACGGGCCAGGAGUUUGAUGGCUCAGACUCGGGGGCCACCCCAGAUGAGGCCGUGUCAUGGGGCAAGAUCAGAGGAGACGCCAAACCCAUCAAGGUGUUCGCAGAAGCCACGCUGGUCUUCCCGCUGAUCGUGGCGCAGACCUUCGCUCGCCAUGCCGACAGGCUGGUCGCUGACAAGCAGGUGGAUUAAACGUGUGCACUGGAGUUUCCGCUCCCCUUACUCUUGAAUUUAUUUGCAUCAGGGAAAGUUUGCCUCAGUAAUCCAGAGUAACAUAUAUGGAUGAUGGAAGGGGAUACGUCUCCAUACCUGCGUGUAUAAACCUGUACAGUGUCUUUUCUCUUUGGAUUUCCCGGCUUCCCAGCAUGAUUUUACAGUCGACUUAAAGGGCCUUUGAAAAUGAAGAGAAAUAUAGGAUUUUUCGAGGAUAUUUCUUGUCUUAUUUAGUGCUUUCACCCAUACUUUGCUAUUUAUUCAUAUGCUUGGAUGUAUAUCCAACAUUCAUGUGUUCAUCCUCUUCUAUAUUUUAAUGUAGCUCAAAGUGAUAGUAUGAGUAGUAAUGUUUGUAGUUAUUAGGAUUUGUUAAGGUAUGAAUUCAAUGUUCAAUUUCUCUGUUUUAAUUUGCUCCAAAUAUGUUUUAAAUGUCCCCUCCUGUCAUUCUCCUUUGUCAUUUUCAAUGACCCCGGCACUUCCACUUGGGUUGUAUCUUAUAAAACUACUAUCAUGGGACGAUAUGAGUUUGUCAGCUCCGGCCUGAUUUUAAAUUGUAUAUGGAACUCAAUUAUGUCAUAAACACCUCAGCAUGUUCAUCCAGAAUCAAUCUUUUUUGCUGAGUUCCUCUUGUGUUUUUGUUUAUUUACUUGGGGACUUCAGACUGCACCGCUUCAGUGUGCGUGAGUGGCACUGAGGAAGACUCUUUCACCUUCCAUGG